AUUUAACAAGGAGAUGUUAAGAAAAGAGGACAGCCAAAGUGUUACUCAAUUUGCUGAGAACACGCGCGGCGAUCAGCCAAUCACCGUCGAAGCGGCUACCGAGGGCGUGAGCCUCAAGAAGCCUCCUUCAAAAACAAGUAAUCUAAAAACAUCAAAAGGCAAAGUUAAAAACAGCCACAUCAAGAGGCCCAUGAAUGCCUACAUUAUUUGGGCAAGGAAACACCGGUCUGUUGUGGCCAGAGCCAAUCCUAAUGCCAGCAAUGCUGAGGUCAGUGAGCAGCUUGGAACUGAAUGGAGGGAACUGAGUGAAGACCAGAAGAUGCCCUACUACCUAGAGGCAUCAAGGCUUAAAUGGGAACACAGCAAGCAAUUUCCAGAUUGGGAGUAUAAUCCCCGUCCACAGAGGAGAAAGCGAGUCUGCCUGCAGGAAGCAGCUCAAAGACCUACAGCCAAACAGAACAAUCUAAUAUUCUCUGGCAGUUUGAAGACUACAACAUUACAGAAGAGAUCUGAUCGAGAGCCAAGCCCACCCCCUUACCCUGAUGAUCUACUGUCCUGCAUGCCUGAGCCAUCAUACACCCAGACCAGCAUCUUGGACUAUCAGGAACCCUUAACUGGGAUGGACCCGUACAGUGACUCUUUCCUGGUUCACAAUGACUUUUCUGCUCUAGACCAUUAUCUUUUCGGUAAAGGGUCUAUGGCAGACAGCAAAGACAUCCACAGCAAAGAUGCUUGCUGGAAAGACACCCACAUCAACACAAGCCUUAAUUCUCCACCAGUUCUGGACAUCUGUCCAUUUGAAAAUGAUUUGGGGCAAUCAAGUGCGAUGGGCUCGUUCCAGAUCUGUGAUUACGUUUCUGCACUAGACCCAUAUAUUUUUGUUAAUGAGUCUGUGGCAGACGCUCACAACAAUGACUCCCACUGCAGCACAGUCCUUAAUUCCCUAAAAUUCCUGGAAACCGAUGCCUUGGAAAAUCUGUUAAACACACUGUCUCCUUCAAUUGUUUAUUAA